GAGGCCCAGGAGACCCUGUUUACUUGGAAAGAAGACAAUGGACAGAGGCCCUGCCCUCCCAUCCCCUUGCUCUGUGCCCAUCCUGGAGCUGCCUGUCCCAGAGCUGGCUGCCGCGCCCCGGUGCCCAGCCCCAUGCCCCACAAGAGGCCUAACGAGGUCGAGUCGGAGACACGCAAAGAAGGACAGGACCCAAAUAAGAGGGGGCAGGCACUCCCUAAGGAGGAAGAGGAGCCCAAAGCCAGCAAGAGCCCCGGCUCCGAGUCGCGCCGCAGCUCCCACUCCAGCCACGGGCGCAAGCACGGCAAGAAGCAUCACGCUGACGCCCAUGCCGACGCCACCAAGGCCUACUCGCCCUUCCUCAACACUGUCUUCGGCAGGGAGCGGGAUCUGUCCCCAGUAGAACUGGAUGAGCUGCUGGAUGCCUUCAAGGAGUUCGACACAGACCAGGAUGGCUUUGUGAGUUACAAGGACCUGGGCGCCUGCAUGCGCACUAUGGGCUACAUGCCCACCGAGAUGGAGCUCAUCGAAAUCUCCCAGCACAUCAAGAUGAGGAUGGGUGGGCGCGUGGACUUUGAGGACUUUGUGGAGAUGAUGGGGCCGAAGCUGCGUGAGGAGACAGCCCACAUGGUGGGGGUGCGUGAGCUCAAGAUUGCCUUCCGUGAGUUGGACAGGAACGGGGACGGGGAGAUCAGCAGCACAGAGCUGAAGGACGCCCUCCUGGCCCUGCUGGGGGAGCAGGUCCCGCUGCCGGAGGUGGAGGAGAUCCUGCGUGAUGUUGACCUCAAUGGGGACGGCCAUGUGGACUUUGACGAGUUUGUGAUGAUGUUGUCCUCCCGCUAACAAGGCCUGGGGGAGGGGAGUCCUCACCCCCCAUCACCGUCGCCGUUCCAGCCUCCAGGGCGACAGAGCAGCUCCAAGUGGAUCCCCGCUUCUUGACAGCUGGUGACCCCCCUUCUUUGUCAGCAGGAAGUUCCCUCGCGACUCCCUUAUGGGCCUUUCUAAGAAGACCCCUCCCUCUGGGUCUGCCUGCCCCUCUGCUGGC